AUGGCAACAAAAAAUUUACUUCUGCUAGUCUCCGGACUUGCUGUUCUGUUUCUUGGUGUUCCUGCUCAAGUGUCUGCUCCUCCUAUUGACUCUCGCAGGGUACGCUCUGCGGCAGAUCAUGAAAAUGGCGGUCCUCAGUGCAAGUUUGAACGCACUUCAACCAUUGAGGAGCAGUGCAGUUUUGUUUGCGAGGAGGUGUGGAACGAAGAGGCUACUAGGCUUUUCCUUCCAUGCAGCAGCCCAAUGCGUUGCUUCACCGAGUUUUGGGAGAGCAGCCGCCUGGGAGACAAGCCUCAAGUAGAAGUAUCCAUAUACACCAAACUCCAGAACGAUUGCUCUUUCGGCACCCGCCCAAGCUUUGCCCCUAUAGAGCAAUACGACGGAUACCAAGAGUACGCACUCGACGAACUGCUUUCAAGCUCAAUUUUUGGUGGCGAGGCGCUUUGCAAGGACAAAGAGCUCCGAGUUGUGGAUUUCCUCACCGGCCACCCAACUGCGUAUGUCGGAGACAACAACUGCAUGCUAUACUCUCAAGGCGUCGAGGUAGCUGCGGCUUGCGAAAGAGACAAGGAGACAAACAACAGGCUUUUCUGCGAAUUGGAGUUCCAGGAUCUGCCAGAGGAGCCUGCGCUUUCUGACUUGUGCUCUUCGCCUCCAUCCGACGACUACCUGUAUAGCUUUUUCUAUGUUUGUGUCCCACCGAGCCCGCUUCCUGCAUGCGAGGCGAAGAGAACAACUUCAUGGAACUACUCGGAAAACUCCUGCGAGUGCCCUAGUGGCAGUGUACCUUGUACUGUACAAGAAGCGAAAGCCAAGGAGUCGUGGAAAGAUGGCCUCAGGUCCAAGGCACAAGUCUACAUGAAAGAUUCAAUUCGUUACAUCGCUUAUGGGGAUAUAUACCAAGCCUUCGACCUUUCUUCAAAUCCAUGUGAAUAUAAGUUUGUUCGGGCUCUUUGCAGAAAUACCGCACAGACAACGACAACUACAACAACUACAACAGCCCCUGAGGAGUUUUUGGGAAAUAUGGGGCCCAACUGUUACAAGGGUAACGACCAGCCGUUUUGUAGGCUGCCUUGCGUCACUCUUUGGAGGUUAUUCUACUCGAGAUUCUCGGCACUCAAUUCCUACGAUCAAUUCGAAAGUUUUUGGAAGAGCUACGACUUCACCAAACUUCCGUCUCUUGAUGCAUCAGCGAUUGCACGGGCUCAGGCGUGCACUUUCGAAAAGCGAUGGGAAUAUGAAGAAAAAUCUCAGUUUGAGUUUUCCAAAAUAUUGAAGAACAAUGACGGGGCCGAACUGGAAAUUGAACAUAACUGCACAGAGUACGAGCGGUGGACACUGGUGAAAGUUGUCGGCGGGCAUGAGGAAACACUUAACUACGGCAGGAAGUUUAGUAGCUGCCCUAUAACUGACAUCACGCAAAGUGUCAAGAGUUUGCUGCCUAAUUCUAUCUUCAACGGGCAAACAAACAGCGAGAAAAUAUCGCUAGCUGGAAUAACAAAUGCCCUGCACAACUGCCCUGAAGACAAAGUAGCAUACUACAUGGCUUGGAAUUGUGCUCCGAACCUUUCUAUUUCGUCGGACUCCAUCUCGAUUAUCUGCAACAUAUACAGGACAACAGGAGAGAAGGAUGCGCAGGGUGACGCAUGCGCGUGCCCGAACAGCGCCAAACCUUGUUCGGCGAACGCUGCAGCUGUGAGUCAGGGCUGGAUUCAGAGUGCUCCGAAAGGCACAACUAUCAGCCUGAGCGGCUUCCUUGUUUACAAGACUCAGGAUUCCGGGACAGGGUCUUUGGUUAUAUUAGAUGACUUAAACCCGGUGUGCGAGAAGUCGCCGACUACGCAUGUGCUGUGUCAAGAUGCUGUCGAGGACCCUUUAACUAACAAGUUGCCGGUUAGACGGCCGUUGUGUCAAAGGGCAUUUUCAACGAUUGGGGGAGCUACAGAAGCGGAUGACUGGACGUGCAGAGAAGCUUGCAUAAGAAAGAUCGCUGGAGACUGUUCCUCAGUCAUGAACCCUUGGCUGUGUGUUGCUAACGCGAUCCAGGAUUGCUACAUCCCGAACAGCAACGCGGUCGCGUGCUAUAUUCAGUCACCAGGUCCUGAAGAUCCACACACUGGCAGCUGCACUUGCACGGGCUCCGCAUUGGGGCCCUGCACACCAGCGGAGGCUCAAGCCACUGCAUAUGCGUGGAAGUCUACUUUGUCACAGUACUGGGGGGGUGAAGGCGGAGUCAUCGUUGCAAAACACAACCGUGCUCUCUGGAUGUCGACACCGCCGUCCUGGCACUAUGAAGCUGGGCCGCAGAAUGGCAAAUGCGGAGAUAAUACGUGGAUCAAAGGAGUUUUUUGUUUAGGUUCGGACGCGAGAAUGACAUCCCAACGAAGUGGCGUGUUGGCACCGGACUGCAGUACAGCCUCAUCGAAAGAUUCCACAAAAGCCAGCACCUUUCAGUGCACUUACGUCUGCGGCCAUAUUGAGUGGCAGUGCCGCACCCAUAUGGCGGACAACCCAACAUUGUACAAGGAUCUCAUGCACUGUUAUCGAAAGCUGAGGCUUGGCACCAUUCUGGAGCACUGCGAUGUCCAGACAACUCCUCAAACACCGACGGCUGGAGCGGCCAACAUGGCUGUGUCCUGGAUGCUGGCCAGCGGCAAUGAAAGCACUGUUCAGUUUUCGAAGCCAAUAUAUCCGGAACCGAUCAUCUUUACAGGGGCACCCCACUCCGUAGCCGGCAUACCUCGGCUGCUUAUCUCGCAGGUUACAAACGAAAGCUUUAGAGUACAGGCAUUCGGGGCUUCGUGCAGAGAGCCGGCUUCUCAAGCAUCGGCCGAGCUCAAAGUUGUUGCCAGCUACUUAGCUAUACCCCCAGGCCAGUACCGUGCAAAACAUUCUCCUAUUCGACUGGUUGUUGGCACCACUGAUGUGACUGCUACUGGGGAGUUCCUGCUUCGUACCCCGUUUCUUAUUAAUGAUUUUGCAAAGGCAGUUGUUCUUUUGGAGGUGCAGUCCGCUGUGGGGCAAUCACCUAGCACGAUUGCAGCUUCAGCUGCAUUUCGCAUAGUCGAGAAGAAGAAUAAUGCCCUCAAAAUUCGGCUUGCGUGCCUGGAGCCUUUCACCUCGAUAACUGUGGGCUACUUGAUUGCUAAUCUAUCCGAUGAGAGUUCUUCAACAACCAGCCCGCUCACUGCGUCGCUAGGAGGGCGCUCUUUGGCUAUUUUUAGCACGAGAGAAGUCGACAGGGAGGAUGUCAGGUUUCCCCAAAACUUGCCCACGUUCUUUUUUCCCCAUAUAUUCCCUCAAAUCGCCGGAGAGGGGCCGGGAAAGGAUGAAUUCUAUUCUGUGCAGUGGCAUUCGAGAGAAGACGGCUUAGGUUGGGUCCCUUCAGUCUGGGUGUCAACUUGCUCUUUGGCGGAAGACGUUCUCAGGAGGUUAUCAAACAGUGAAGUACAUUUUACGGCCCUGUACUUCGCCGCUGUUGCGCAGAUGAACAAAUCGUCCUUCUCAAGCAGAAUAUGCAACGUCACAGCUGUUUCGGGCAGUUCACGAACCGAUGAGGAGUGCUCGCAACUGUGCUCUGGAAUAUAUUUUUUAUAUUGUUGGUCCUCAACAAGUCCCUUACAAUGCCUGAAUUAUCUGCUCCCCCAGGACUUCAGGAAUGAAUGCAACUCGCCGAGCGAUAAAAAUUCAUCUGGGGCCGAUUCGGCAAACACGGAUUCUGGGGAAGGCACAACUGCGGGCUCGAGUUCAGGAAAGUGUCGCGUUUUCGAUAUGCGCAAUUACCCUGCAAAUUUGGCGUGGGACUCGGCCUCGUUCACAUGCAGAUGCCCAGGGCUCGCGAUGCCCUGCACCACAGAAGAUGCAGCCCAUGACAUGACUUGGCUGAAGGAGUUGCAGGGAGAAGGGGGACUCUGUGAAACUUCCCAAGAACCAAUUAAGCCCGUCACGCAGAUGUUCCGUCAACUUUCCAUAAAUGCAUGCUCCAUCACUGUCAUUCAUAGUUCUUUUUUACACUGGCGCCAACGAGCCUUUCCAGCUUACCCAGAUCUCCCUGGAGCAGGCACUGGAGAACAGGCGUACAGUGGCACAUAUCUGUGUCAGCACGUUACUCCUUAUGUCCUUUGCCCAUCGAAUGCUGCCGAUGCGGAAGGGGUCGAGGAACAGUCGCUGGAAGUUGUUCACCAUGUACCCCCUUCUUGCUUUCCAGGAGAAUGGGGAGAGUGGUCCGCUUGCAGCGCAACUUGCUUAGGGUCCCACAACUUUCCACGGCGGUACAGGAAACGCAGUGCAAUAGCUGCGGAAGUCAUUGAUAAAGAUCCUGAUUGCAUUUUGGAGGAGACGGAGGGCUGUGGAGAUUCUCUCCAGCUAUGCGUAGGCUACUGCUGGACAGCCGAGUGGACCGAGUGGAGUGGCUGCGCCUCCUACUUACGUAACGACGAGGUGGUCAUUGCCAAGAGGCGGUACAAACCGAUCUUCGCGGGCGCAGUAUAUUGCAGAGAAGAUGAAACACAGGAGUUCCAGCUAUGCAGAAAAGGGCCGCAAUGGAAGGUCCCUGGUGCGCAAAAGGAAGAGGAAAAAGAAGCGGAAGAAGAAUCAGCCCCAAACGCUGAAUUUGCUGAAUUGCUCUCGUUCGCUUCAAACACUACAGCGGCCACAAUAGUGUCAAACUGGAGGCUCGCCCGAAACACCGAUACGGGAGCAUUUUUAGCCAUUACAAGCGGAACUAGCCCCACAAGAUCUUGUUCCAGCGCGGACGGUCUUGAGAAUUGUAGAAGUUUUGACCUUGACUGCUCCGAAGUCGUGUCAAUUUAUGAGGACUCCGCUUCGCGAAGGGCGUGCAUCGAUAGCGCCUGUGUCAUCUUCAAAGAUGUGACGCGAGGAGCUGCUUCGACUUGUUUCAAACUCGUUGCUCUGUUCGCAGCUCCACCCGCGACUUGCAGGCCAAUCCUGACGAGACUGGUCAACCAAGAUGCCGUUCUCAGUUUCCUAAAAGAGACUUCUAAUGAAGAAACCCCAACACAGUCUCCCGCUGAGGCUUCUAAUGAAGAAACCCCAACACAGUCUCCCGCUGAGGGGGGCUUCGUUGCUCCCAGCUGCGCUUGUUUGGAACACAGCAUGGUGCCUUGCACAGCAGACGAUAUCGUGGAAGACUGGAGAGGCAUUAGGGGAAUACUGUUAGCCUCCGACGGGUUAUGUUCAACAGAAGCAGCGCGCACACCGCUCUGGGCUCAUGAUGAAAGCAGUAAGCUACCAGAUUCUAGUGUGUACUUCGCGUACGCUGGCAUGGGCAGAAUUCAUUGCCCCCUGCGGGGAUACAAGAAAGAUUCGACUGGCAUUGAGGAGUACUUCACGUUCACUGAGUUCCCGAGUACCAGUGCCCUUAAUGACUACUGCAAAAACGGCCUAGACUCCUGGAAGGAUGCGAAUAGCUCGCUCAUGUCGGUUCCUGAUUGCUCGAGAGCUAUUGCCAACGCGCCCUCUGGGAUGAGUCCGUCUGAGGAAGAAACUGCAAAAUGCAAGGAGUUGUGCACGGACUUGAAGAACACUUGCAAUGCGGACAAGCGAGGAGAUUCUUACCGAGAAUGUUUCAUUGAGCCGUUUCAAAGUGGAGAAUUCGCUGAAAAAUGCACAUUCGCGCCAAGCACCGCCGGUGGAAGGGGUGUAAUUUUCUGCAAAGAAAAAGAGGCACAUUUGCUGCUCACGGAGUGGAGCGAAUGGUCAAGCUGUUCACUGAGCUGUUUUUCAAGUGUUUCGGAAAUCGGCUCUUCUGUGCGAAUAAGGACCCGCGAAGUUAUGGAAGAAGGCCACAAGGUCCCCAGGGGUGGAGAGUUUACGCCCUAUACGACUGUAGAAACGGGCAUUUGUGCGGAUAUACCACUUUGUGAUCCCACCACAGGAGGCACCAGCCCGGAAUAUGUGAUGUUCACGACGAAAGCGCCACCAAAAAUUGAAAUUUUCACUUCAGAAACAUCUUCCACGACACCCUUACCAACUUACCCAGAUAAAAUCCCUCUGGACAUGACCCCUCAGCAGUGUGUAAUCCUGUCUGUGGAGGCAUCGAGCGAAGCUAGCGCGUAUGACGAGUCGAUAGACUCGUGUUCCUGCCCUGUUGGCUAUCGCCCUUGCUACCAAAACGAGGCUGCAAUGUCUCGGCAAAACUGGGUAGAUUCUGUUUACGUGCUCUGCGCCGCGAAAUCUGGCCUUAUCAUCGGCAUGAGGCACUUUCAUGAAUUCAGCUGCGUUCACCGAGGCUUCAUCAGCACCACGACAAUUAACACGCUUUCUUCUAUUGAAGAGAAGGAAGCCUACUGCGCCAGCGAAAAGUACAUGUUUUGUGCAGCCGAGGGAGAUGACACGGAUGCCGAGCACGGCAUGUUGUUCAUAAUAGGAUCCCUUUGUUUAGGCGCACUAGCCGGCGUGGCCGUUGCUUACUUGUCGCUGCAGUACAGCAUAGAUCUGCAGAAGCUAAUGGGGCUGAGAGGCAGAUACGCCACAAUUAGCCUUGAGCUGCAGCAGCUCAAGGAACAGAAAGCCAGGGAGGAGCGCACGCCACUUGUGACACAGCAGUCUGCCGGAGCACCCACUAGCCCUUCCGAAGGCCGCUUGGCCGGCAGUGAAGCAUCGCGAGAAGCUUCGCAAGAAAUUUUGCAAGAAGCCUCACAAGGAGCUUUGCAAGAAGCUUCGCAAGACGUUGACAGGGAAGCGCCGGUAGAAGGCUGGUAA